ACCGGCUCUUCCGCCUGCCUCCCUCCGCGGAAACUGCUUCACCCACAACCCCCCCACUCCGCCCCUUUCUGGUCGUCACGCGGGCUGUUCCAUCUUCUUUCCCCCCUCCCCCCACCAGCUGUUCCCGAGCCUCCCUCCCUCUGCUCCCGCCGCGCCUGUUCCUCCCCCUCUUCGUCAGCGGCCGCCGCAUCCGGGUCCUGGCGCCGCUGUCACUAUGGUCAUGGCGGAGGGGACGGCAGUGCUGAGGCGGAACAGGCCGGGCACCAAGGCCCAGGAUUUUUACAAUUGGCCUGAUGAAUCCUUUGAAGAAAUGGAUAGCACACUAGCUGUUCAACAGUAUAUCCAACAAAACAUAAGGGCAGACUGUUCUAACAUUGACAAAAUCCUGGAACCUCCUGAAGGGCAGGAUGAAGGUGUAUGGAAGUAUGAACAUUUACGACAAUUCUGUCUCGAGCUCAAUGGACUUGCUGUCAAGCUUCAGAGUGAAUGCCACCCAGAUACAUGCACUCAGAUGACAGCAACUGAACAAUGGAUUUUCCUUUGUGCAGCCCAUAAAACUCCCAAAGAGUGUCCUGCUAUAGACUACACCAGGCACACGCUUGAUGGAGCAGCAUGUCUUCUGAAUAGCAAUAAAUAUUUCCCCAGCAGGGUUAGCAUAAAGGAAUCCUCUGUAGCCAAACUAGGAUCAGUGUGUCGUAGGAUUUACAGAAUAUUUUCCCAUGCGUAUUUUCAUCAUCGGCAGAUAUUUGAUGAAUAUGAAAAUGAAACCUUUUUGUGUCACCGGUUCACUAAAUUUGUGAUGAAAUAUAAUUUGAUGUCCAAGGAUAACCUGAUUGUACCAAUUUUGGAAGAGGAGGUGCAGAAUUCAGUGUCUGGGGAAAGUGAGGCAUGAUGGGAAUUGUGGUACAGAAAGCAACUGUACUAAACACACAAUUGACAUUAUGUACUGUAUAUAUCAUUUUAGACACUCAAUCAUGUAUCCUUAUUAUAGCUUUGUUUAGUAUACUUUUGUAUGCUGUGUGCAUUGCCUUUUAAUAUGGGAAAUACUUUAAGUUAUUCAUGAACUGUAUAUUCAUCAAUGUGGCACUCAUGGUUUUUAAAUAAAAUUAGUAUUAUCUGUUUAUAAUACCUGUUAAUAAAAGAAUUACAGUUGUGUAAAAUUGCUGCUAAACAAUCAUUGGAUCACAAUCCUCAAAUGUGUCUGAUUAAAAAAGAUAAGUGAGACUAAGUUUUCACACAAGCCAUUUUCUAAUGAAAUAGCAACGUUAGCCUUAGUUCUGAGUUUAAUACGUACCUUAAAUUUAGAAUCCUGCAGGAAGGUCCUUGUAAUGUAGCUUAUUCCUAAUUUUAGCUUUUACUUUUUUUAAAAGAACUCAUUUGUUUCUAAGUUUUACUUCUGCUUUUGGGCGUGCGUAUAUAGUAUUAACUAUUCUUGUAUGUGUAUAUCCAAAUAUUAAACACAACUACAGGUAUUAGUAAUACCAAAAGGAUAACUUUAUUAUGCUACCAAAAGUAUAUUUUUGAUCUAUAUGAGAGACAGUUGUGUACUUUUUGGACUUGCCUUUCUGUAACAGUGGAGGCCUGUAUACAUCAUGGAAGCGAUGUGUUGAGCUUAAGUCAAGGAAAGAUUAUUUUUUUCUUAUGAAAAUCCUCCACUUUCGUUCCUCCCAUGACUUCUCAAAAGAAUAGCAGUGGCUGAAAAUAACCUUUGCUCUUGGCUAUAGUAAGGUACUUAGUGGUUUUAUACCUGUGCAUAUCUAUAGUAACUGCUUACAGAUUAUACCUCAGUGUUCAUAUUACACUACAGAACAAUGUACUAGCAUAGUCUUGUUUAUUGUCUUAGCAAAAAAAUUGAACUCUAGCCUUGCAAUACUUUUGAUUCAUGUUGAGAGUAUGAUUAACAAUGUGCUUUCAUCCAUUCACCUGGAUUGUAUACACUCUGAGAUUAAAUACAUCCAUAAUUGGAGUUGUUUGCAGAUUUGCAAUAACUCAUAAGUUCCAUGAGUGCUGCUUAAUGGUGUUGAACUGUCCAGAAUUUGAUUAGAAUUAAAUGUUUUAAAGAUUAUUCUAGCAGACUUACUGUUAAUGGUGUACAUAAAUGAAGAGAGUCUAAAAUCACUAGCAGUGUUCUUAUAUUAAAUGGAUCUUGCCUAGAUAAAGUAAGUUUUGUGGCUUCUUCACACAGUAGAGACUUAUGUUGUCAGGGGCCUGUUCAUGUAUUGAAACAGGUUAAAGUGUUGGGCUUAGUGGGCCAAGCCAUUUAUCUAAACUAUACUUCCUCUUGAAGGUAUGGUUACCUGGGAAUGAGAGCUAAUUUAUUUUUAAAUAGUAAUUUAUUCAAAAUAUACUGAACAUGCCUUAAGUAGUUAAAUACAAAAUAUUACAAGUCAAGUAUACCCUAAGCAACUGUACUAUCUGGAUAUAAAGGGAAUUUAAACAAUGAGAACAUGGAGAGAUAAAGGUCUUAAAUUGCUUCUACAGUGCUGCCUUCUUGGGCAGAUAUUUUUGUGUGUGUUUUAAUUUUUAAAAUUGUUUUUAAUGGUCAGCAGGGUCACUGCAUCAGAUGCAGUCUUAGUAACUAGCUUUAGCCAUUGUGUUUGCACACUUGAGGUUUAUCUUAUACAGAUCAGAUGACUUGAUUUGAUAUCUUGAAAUUUGUCCUGAGGGUAGAGGAUUACACUUUGGAGGUAAUAAGAUGUAUUUAGCUUUGUAACAAUCUGCUGUUGCAAGAUGGACCCUAGUACAUUUCUGUUGUACAGCCACUUUGACAAACUUAUAUUGGCCUGGGAUAGGCAAAAAGCUGGUGCUCUUCACUACUAAACAUUUUUUGUAAAAUUGAAGAUAGUGGAGCGGUGCUCAGAACUUCAUUAAAACCUGAGACUUCUCUCUUCCCCUUCUCUCAUGCUUUGAGUUCUAGUAAGAGCCUCCAGAACUGUUAAUCUUGUUUGUUCUCAUUCACAUAAUUGUCAUACUGUAAAGCUGACUUACUAAUAUCUACACAGAAUAUAAAAGGCCUCAGUGAAACACUGCUUAUAUUUUCCUUGCUACUGUUUAUGUGAGUACUCUGACAGUGUACAUACACGAGCCAUAAAACUUCAGUUAGCCUAAGCAAACCAUUGACUUGUUUAGUAAAUAUUUUAAUGGUUUCACUUACGAAUUUACAUUCUACAUAAUAAGGAAAUUGAGCUACAUUUGUCUUUUGAAAUAAGUUUUAGAACCAAGCGGCUAAAAUUAAAAGUCUUUUUACAUACCAAUAUAUUUUGCUACUUGGUUCUCUUUUUUUUUCUUCCAAGAAUGCAGAUAACUGGACACUUCAUGCUGUCUAGACUAAGUUCUGUGCUCUCUCAACUCUGGAUACAAAAUAUGUUUUGAGGUCAAAUAAUAUUUCUUGUUUAAGAAUGUAGAAAUGUUGUGAUUUAUUCACAAAUCUGUUACUGUUCCCAGAGGCUGGAGCUAGAAUUUGCAUUUAUGCCCUGUCUUGCUUCAGUCAAGAGCUAAAUGAUUCUAGAAUACAAAGAAGGUUAAGAAAAUUCCUUUCAUAGACCUUCUCCCUAGGCAUUAUUAAUACAAACAUCUAAGUAAGUGGCCUAAUUAUGAGCAAAGGACAGUUUUCAUUGUUUUUCCCUGAACGUUCUGUGUCUCCUCUGAUUCAUGGUUUGAUUUGUAUUACUUAGCCACAGUAAUUCUGCUAGUCAACAUCAAACAGAUAUGAAGAGAUUUUAAUUCAAAAUGUCAUGCCAAUUGUUUGCUUGGACAAAGCAAAUCAGUAUUGAAAAAUCAAAAUUCCAACUACCCUUCCAUUCUGUGGACUAAGCAGCUGGGAAUUAUUAAACAGCAACCUGACUCCUCUUUGCUCAGAAGAGCA